GUCCUGUGAUUUAGUCGCUGAGACGAAUGCAUUUAUAUCGGUUUUCCAGACGUUUGGGUCGAGCUGGAGUUUUGACCCACAAAUAGAGUGGGACAGCUACCAUCUUGUGCUUUCACUUAACUAAAUCCCUUAGCACAAAAACAUGUAAGGGGAUAAGUAUAAAGAAUAUGCUAGUGGUAAUCACGAAUUGCAAGUUAUAAGUAGAAAGAACAUACAAAUCAGCAUUGUAAACAAGAAGACCAGCCCACCCAGUUAAUGGCGAGAGUUGUUGUGCUGCAGUAUGGCAGAGUCUAUGCAUGUGAAAACUCUCCUACCUCCACGAGAAGUGUCACCUCUUAUAAGGACAGCUCGUUGGGGAUUGUUAGCUGUCGGAAUUGUGUACGGAGCUUUACGUUUGAAAUAUCUCACGAAAAGGGAAAAGAAAAUUUUUGAAAGAGAUCGUGCUAUUGUAGAAAAGAGGUUGAAGGAGUACAAUAUUUGGUUCGCUGAGCAAUCAGAGAAAUCUCUACAGGAAUUGGCUAAGGAAGCUGGCGUAACACCUAAAAAUUAGAUGGAUAACAGCAUAAAACAUUUAGACUUAACUGUUAUGUACAGUUUACUUUAGAUAUACAAUUGAUCUCCACUUAUCUUUAUUUUUUGUUUAUUUAAAGUGAAAUACCAAGAAUAUUUAGGUUAUGUGCUUUACGACGCCAUUUCUCGUCUUCCUGUUGAGGCUGUAGUUUAUUUACUAGAAUCAUGGGAUUAUCGAUUUCCGUAAGGCAUUGCUAGUGUAUCUCUGAACCAAGGUUUGCUAAUGCUAUUGCUGUAGAAGUAUAUAAAACUGAGUAGGUAGUAAUAAGGUGAUUGAAUACGUUGUAAAUUUGUACUAUCCUAAGUAGUCACAGUACGUAUGCAUACGUAUCAUGUAUGCAUUAUUCGAAGUAGAAGUCAGUUGAGCGUGUAUUUUUUGGGAAAGGGGUAACUAGUUAAUCGAUUUCAUUUUCAUUGCUUUAUAAUCUUAUUUGUAUAUGGAUUUGAAUAGGUGACAAAAUUGCUAUCCAACUUCCUAUUCCAUGUAUUACACAACUAUCUUUGCUUUAAUUCUUAUUCUAUAUUUUCAGUUUAUGAAGAUGAAU